AUGCAAGCCCUAUCUAGCCAUCCAAUCAAAGACAAGCAGUCGAAUCGUACCCUUGGGCUCCAAUUGCUUCUCCUCUCUCUCUCUCUCUCUCUCUCUCCUUUGCCUUUUCACGCUUUCCACAACAGGUGCACUGUACUCCUCGCCAUAACCUCCCUCUUGCACUUGAACAACUACUCCUCGCCUUCCCCGCUCCCACCCCACCACCCCGCCCAUCUCUCCCUACUCUGCAUAAACAUUCCCUCCUCUCAUACCCUCCACUACAACGGCAUAAACAUGUUUCCCGUUCUGUCGUCCAUUUUCCUUCUACCGUCCUUCCAUACGUCCAUCUGCAUAAACACGGUCAAUUUCCACCUGACACACGCUUACCCUGCACAUUGGUUGACAUACCUCCACACCAACCUAAUCCAGCCAAUCACAGCCACCGCAAUGUUUCAAACCACAGAGGCAAAAGUAACCACGCCUCUUGUUUCUCCAUGUAUCUGUCGCCACUUGCCAUGA